AUGCGCCCACAAGUCAAUUUGAUAUCUCGCACGCCAGCCACGCCGACGACUUACUUGCAGAUCUCUCUCUUCCUAUGGCUGUACACACAUGAUGCUUAUACAUGCAGAAAUCGUCAGAUAAGCAGCGUGGCUGAUCCCCACUCUCUGGAGGCCGGUCGCCCUUUCGCUGGAGCAACUCUGGAUGAACCUGUUCGCGACACACUUGCGCGCGAUUUGCGGAACAUCGGCAACAAACUCCUUUACGUUCUGAAACCUUCUCGUGGAAGCGGCGACGGCGGGACCUCGCACUCGGUGCUCAAACAGUGGGAUCUGUGGGGACCGCUCAUUCUCUGUCUCUUCCUCUCCGUAACUCUGUACAUCCAGGCGUCUUGGUCGCCUGUUCUCGCGGUUUCGAGCGCCGCGUCUUCUCUGCUUUCCCCUGAGGCGCAACGCGCACAAACGCGUGACCGGCAGCGCGUGGCCUUCGCUCUGGUCUACGUCUUUGUCUCGCUGGGGGCGAGUGUCGUGACGGUGAACGCCAAACUUCUCGGCAGCAAAAUUUCCUUCUUCCAGAGCGUCUGCGUGCUGGGGUACUGCCUGUUUCCGCUGGACAUCGCCGCCUUUCUGAAUCUCUUCGUGUCGCGCUCCUUCACCUUUCUGAAGCUCCUCAUCGCCUUCCUCGCUCUUCGCUGGUCGGCAGGAGCGUCUGUCGCCUUUAUGUCGGAGUUGAUCCCCGAAGAGAAGCGAGCGCUCGGUGUAUACCCUGUUUGGCUCUUUUACGCCGGCAUGGCCUGGAUCAUCUGCUCGGUGUAG